AUGAAAGCGGCUCAAGAUCGCCAAAAGUCCUACGCCGAUUUGGCUAGAAUGCAAGUGGAUUUCUCAGUUGGGGAUAAAGUUUGGUUGAAAGUAUCUCCCACCCGGGGAGUGAUGCGGUUUGGAAGAAAAGGAAAGUUGAGCCCCAGGUUUAUAGGUCCGUAUGAAAUCCUUGAGAGGGUUGGAAGUUUAGCCUAUCGCUUGGCGUUGCCCUUGGAAUUGGAGAGGGUGCACGGCGUGUUCCACGUAUCGCAGCUCAAGAGAUAUGUUCACGACCCAACUCAUGUCUUAUCAUCGGAAGUGAUACCGCUGGAUGAGGACUUGACCUAUGAGGAAAGGCCGCUCAGAAUUCUGGAUUUCAAGUCUCGGGACACUCGUAGGAAGUCUGUAAAGAUGGUGAAGGUUUGGUGGACGCAUCACGGGGUUGAGGAAGCUACUUGGGAGCUGAAGUCCACCAUGCGAGAGCGGUAUCCAGAGUUGUUCUCGGCAGGUACCUCGUCUUCAUUGUUUGUUGCUUGCCUUGUGUGCUUGUUUGUCGUUUGUUGCUUUGUUGUUUAG